UCCCGCCCGCCGCCAGGGGCCGCUGUGGCUCCCGCUCUUGCCGCGCCCGCUCUUCCCGCGCGCCGCCUCACUGGUGCCCGAAAUGGCGGCCGCGGCGCUGCUCCGGGGCGCGGCUCCGCGACGCGGCGGCACGGCCUGGAGCUGGCGACUGCGCGACGCCCCGCGGCGCCGCCUGGCCCCCGGCCCCGCGGGCGGCGCGGCCUGGACGCGCUACCCGCUGGAGGCGCGCGGCCUGCUGCGCGUGCGCGGGCCCGACGCGACGCCCUUCCUCCUGGGGCUGCUGACCAAUGAGCUGCCGCUUCCGCCUCCCGCGGGCGCCGGCCCCGCCCCGGCGCGCGCGGGCUACGCCCACUUCCUCAACGUGCAGGGGCGCACGCUCUAUGACGUCAUCAUGUACCGGCUCCCUGAGAGUGCGGGCCAGGCUCCGGCCUUCCUCCUGGAGUGUGACAGCUCUGUGCUGGACGCCCUGCAGAAGCACCUGGCACUGUACAGGAUCCGGCGCAAAGUCACCGUGGAGCUGUGCCCCGAGCUGCGUGUGUGGGGCGUACUGCCCAGUGCUCCUGGGGUGGGAGCGGCCACAGCCCUGCAGGAGGCGGCCGAGGGUGGUUCCAUCCUCGCCCGCGACCCCCGCACUGCCUGCAUGGGCUGGCGGCUCCUCACCCAGGACGAGGGCUCCACCCUGGUGCCUGGGAGUCAGCUGGGACACCCCCAGGAUUAUCACCGACACCGGUACCAGCAAGGUGUUCCCGAGGGUGUCCGUGACCUGCCCCCAGGAGUGGCCCUGCCCUUGGAGUCUAACCUGGCCUUCAUGAACGGCGUGAGCUUCACCAAGGGCUGUUACAUGGGCCAGGAACUGACCGCCCGUACCCACCACAUGGGUGUCAUCCGCAAGCGUCUCUUCCCUGUGCAGCUCUGUGGCCCCCUCCCUGCUGCUGGCAUUGAUCCUGGCUCCCCAGUGCUCACUGAGUCGGGGCAGGCAGCUGGCAAGUACAGGGCAGGCCAAGGGGACGUGGGGCUGGCCCUGCUGCGGUCGGAGAAGAUCAAGGGCCCGUUGCACAUCCGAACUGCCGACAGUGGCCGAGUGACCCUGACUGCGUCUGUGCCGGACUGGUGGCCCACAGCUGCCAAGUAGCCCUCAGAUCCUGGGGUGGACUGCCACAGGGCCCCCCGGCUUGUGCGGGGUUUUCUGCUCUUGGUGCACACGUGUCCAGCUGGGCCGUACCUGGAGUAUCGGAGUCAAAAGGGCCUGUGGAGCAGAAAGGCCACCAGCCUCCCGGAGAGGGCUUGGUAUCGUGCACAGCACAAGUGUGUGAUCAGGAGUGUGUGUGUGAUCCUGCCCUCCCAAUGUGACAGCAUCAACCAGGAAAAGCUCUUAGACAAUCGAGGGCUGGCCAUGGAGAUCAAGCAUCAAGACCGGGAUUUUGUGCAAAGACUUUUUCAUUUUGUUUAGCUUUUGUUUUUGAGCCACACCUGGCGGUGCCCAGGGCUUGCUUCUGGCUCUGCACUCAGGGAUCACUCCUGGCGGGACUUGGGGGGGGAAUCAUAUGGCUGAACCCAGGUCAGCCAUGUACAAGGCAAGCAUCCUACCUGCUGUACUCUCUCUCUGGCUUUUUUGCAAAGAUUUCAAAACCUGAUGACAUCUAUAGGCUUAUCAAGUUUUUUAUUUUAUUCAUUUGUUUGGUUUCUGGGGCUACAU